AAUAGUGCGGAUCGGAUCGUGGCGCGCGGACGGUGGCCCGCGGAGCCGGACGGUAGAGAUCCUUCUCUGAGCCGCUCUGGUACGCAGGACCGGUGCCGGGACGGACGGACGGACAGACGAGACGGAUCCCACGCCGUGCCGGACGCCCACGAUCCUCGAGAGGCGCCCCCGGGACCCUCCGGUCCGUGGCUGCGGAGUCUCCGACGUGAGCCGAUCCUUCCCGGGUGUCCCCGUCCCCACGUGCGUCUUGCCGCGGCGGAGCCGGGGGCACUAUGAACGAAGAGGAGCAGUUUGUAAACAUUGACUUGAAUGAUGACAACAUUUGCAGUGUUUGUAAACUGGGAACAGACAAAGACACACUCUCCUUCUGCCACAUUUGCUUCGAGCUAAAUCUCGAGGGAGUGCCAAAGUCUAAUCUUUUACACACCAAAUCAUUGCGAGGCCAUAAAGACUGCUUUGAAAAAUACCAUUUAAUAGCAAACCAGGAUUGUUCUCGUUCCAAGAUCUCCAAAAGUACUUACGAAGGAGUUAAAACCAUCCUGAGUAAGAAGAUAAACUGGAUUGUGCAGUAUGCCCAAAAUAAAAAUCUGGAUUUGGAUUCAGAGUGUUCCAAAACUUCCCAGCAUCCCCUGUUGAAUUUCAGGCAUAAGCCAGAGAAGAAAUUCCUCCCACAGUUUGACUCUCAGGUGCCGAAGUACUCGGCAAAAGGCUCAGCCGGGAAUGCAGGCAGCAUCUCCAGCUAUAAGCGAAGAAUCCUGGAGCGCAGGGAAGGUACAGAAUUCCGGCUUGGGAUAUUAGAAGACACGGAUGCACUGUGGACUCACAGUCACAACCAGGCACAGAAAACAGAAGAGACAAGCUCUGGUCCGGAGGGGAAUGUCCAGACUCAGAAUCCACGUUACAGCCGAGAAGAAUUGAAUUCCAUGACUCUCGCUGAAGUAGUACAACUGAGUGCAAAGCUGCAACAGCGGAUCCAGGAGGUUUUUGAAGAGUUAACACACCAGGUGCAAGAAAAGGACUCUCUGGCGUCAGAGCUCCAUGUCCGUCACGUGGCUAUAGAGCAACUCCUCAAGAACUGUUCCAAGUUGCCAUGCCUCCAAGUGGGACGGACAGGAACGAGGUCACACCUACCCAUGAACCACUGAGCGGACGUAGCUGCUCUGCGAAGCAUACAUGCCGAGAAAACAUGGGAAGGAAGUCAUGGUCCAUUUUUAUGGUUGUUGUACUUGCAAAACAUAAGAUAAUAUUUAUUAUCUUAAUCUAAUAAAGCAGAUCACUCUAGUCCAGGGUUAAUCAUUUGGCUUCAUUUGAGGACUUUUUCUUAUAAUUACUAAAUGCCCCUCCCUAACUUUUACCAUAUGUGACUACUUAAAUAUAUUGUUACAGUGUUUUUAUUGACCAAUUUUUAUUAUAACUCAGUUGUCAAAACAGUAGAAGCCUAAUAAGGUCUUUUGUUAGCCUAAACUACUAGAAAGAAUUUUUAAGAGGGAAAUAGAAUUCAUAAUAUCACCUUAUUUAUGAGCAAUAUUUUAAUAUAAAAUUUUAUAUAUAGAAUUGCUAUUUUGGGUAUUUUUCAUUGUCUUUAUAAAUCUGUAUUUGAAUGGCCAUGUGUAUUUGCACUUCGUUGUGUGAAUAUGUUCGCCUCUGUGAAAGUCACUGCAUUUUGGUGAUACAGUGUUUUUAUAACUUAUCUUUCUUUCCAAAGAUAAACGUGUUUUGGAUAGUAUUUGGAGAAGCAAUCUACCUAGUUGAGCUGUUUUAACUACUAACAGCAUAUGAAAGUGGAAUUAAUUGCUCUUUAAAGCAAAUAUCCAAGUAAACAAAGCAUAUUAUUGUUUUCUAAUGAAAGCAAUGCUGAAUUAGCUUAGGAAGAAAAUACUAUUGUAGUUUUUAUGUGUCAAGACUCCAUAAAAGUAGAAGCCCCACCCUGCUUCUUAAUUCUCAAGACUCUCUUGGUUAGUUUUGGAUAAAGUAGGUCAACUAUCUUCAAAGUGCGCUGGUCCUCCUGGGGGGAUAAAAUUAUUAUGUGUGCCACUUUACAUGGAGUUCCAAUAAUCUGUUAACUGUCCAAAUUCUGCAGUCCAUAUCACUGAAAUUAGUCCAACAAAUAAAAAUAAAAGAAAAAAACAUAAAAGAAAAAGCAUUUCAAGGUACUUUUCUAAGUUUUAAAAAUCUAAAGGGAUAGAAGAUUACAGGACCCCCUCCCCCCCAAAAAAAAUUCAAUAAAAAGGAUAGUAUAAGCUAUUUUGGUUUCAUAUUCUUAACUAAGUUAUUUUAAUGUGUUAGAUAAGUUUUAAUGAUAACACAAAAGCUAGUCCAAACUCUUCAGCUGCUGCUUAGAAUAUAUUUGUGUGGUAGAUAUGUUUUGCUUGCAGAAAUCUAAGGAAAGAAAGCCCAUUCAUUGACUUGGCAGCCUCAUGCAUAAAGAUGGUUUCUGCCUUGAAGUCGGCAGUCUGUAUGUACACAAGGGUCAGACUUUAAUAUUGAACAUAAAUAAGAUUUAACUAAGCAAACAGCUGCCUCACUGUGGACAAAGCACCUUUCCCUGAUGCUAGUAGGAUGUGUUAAACUGACCUGGCUGUGUGCAUUGGUCACUGGUCCAUUGGUUUUGCUCUGUCCUGAAGAAAACUUACCUUUGAAGCCUUUUGGAAGGAGUUUUUGAAAGGGGGGAAAAAAAAAAGAAUACUUUUUAGUUUCUCUCAGUUCUUUGAGUCAUCCAAAAUGAAUUUAAAAUCCAGAGAGUGGAGCUGAACGCAUUGCCUUAGUUUUGGUGAGCUUUAAAUUGAGUGUGUGCAAUAUGGAGGGUUCCACAUUUACAAGCUGGGUGAAGACAACGUGUCCUGAUUAUGCCAGUAAGUGUGUCAGUGCUUGGUUGUUAUGUGACUAUACUCCUGCCUGGCGUAACUCCAUAAGGAUGGCAGCAGCCAGUGUAUUGCACACACUUGGGCUUCUGUCUGGAUGAUGGAAAGGCAGUCGGGGCAGCCAUAGGAGUGAGAGAGUCAGCUUUUGUGAUGUGCAGUACUCCGUGUAUUUCUAUCCUAGGAGACAUACCCUACGGUGCAGCCCUAAAUACCAGUGUUACCCAAAGAAAACGUUUGUUCAUCUCUUGAAGGAGUUCUCUGGCAAACACUUAGUUUACUAAUGAAUUUGGAAUAGUUGAGAUUUCUCCUGUGUACCCUUUAAGGUCUUAACUGGGACCUCUGGUUCGUUUCUUUAAGAUAUUUCACUGGAAACACCAAAGGAAUGGUGUUCCUUAGUCUGUCUCUGGUGCUGGUGGGAACACUCGCACUCAUUCGCAUGGGUUUUGCUGGAGUACACUACUUCGUAUAAUUCAGCUGCCAGUUAUUUGUUCGGGGUUCUUGGUGGUGGUGGUGGUCGCUUGCUUGCUUGCUUGUUUUGACACAGGGUCUUGCUAGAUAGCUUUCGCUAGCCUAGAAUUCUCUUUGUAGACCAGGCUGGCCUGCAAUUCGUAGCAAUUCUCCUGCCUCAGGAGGAGAUCUAGUGCUGUGAUUCAGGUAUAUA